CACCAUUUGGACCUCAAAAUCUGGAUAAUAAAAUCUUUAUAUGAUUCACAAUUCACCCAAUAUUCAUACAAACCAAGAACCCCUCUUUUCUCAAUUCAUAACUGUGCUCAAAAUGACAUCUUCAGCUCUUUUCUCCCCAACCCCAUUUCUAAAUCACCAAAAAGAUUGCAAAUCUUUAACAAAUUUCAAAUCUUUAGCCAGUUUCACUUGUUCUUGUACUUCAGUGUAUACCCAUUUCAGGAACCCUAAAGAAAGAGCACCCAAAUUGAAAAUCAGGGCUAUUCAAGAUUCCACAAGAACAUCAGCCACCACAAUUGAUGACCCAUCUGUUGUUUCUGCAACCCCAAGUGAGAUUUCAUACACUGAUGAAGAGAAUGAAGCUAUGGGGAAAGUUGGAGCUAGGGUGAAGGUGAAAGUGCCCUUGAAAGUUUAUCAUGUUCCGAAAGUUUCGGAGUUUGAUUUGAAUGGGUUGGAAGGGGAGAUUAAGCAAUUUGUUGGGGUUUGGAAAGGUAAGAGAAUUUCCGCAAAUUUGCCAUUUAAAGUUCAGUUUGUGGUUGAGAAAAUUGAGGGGAGAGAUGGGCCUGUUAAGUUCUUUGCUCAUCUUAAGGAAGAUGAAUUUGAGUAUCUUGAUUGAUUGGUCAAUUUCUAGUUGAGCAUUAAGAUUGCUUAUGUGAUUGUUGUUACGAUAUACUAGCAUGAAUCUUACUAAUUAUAUAAUAAUAAUGUUGUACAACCCGUUGUGUUAAUUGGUGAUGUACAUAAACUUUAAUGUUAUAUAUAGUGUCUGUUUUUGCAUUGUUA